GCCGCACUCGCACUCCCGCCACGCCGCACUCAACUUCAGCUUCGGAGUAUCCUCCUCCCUUCCCCACCUCUUUUAAUUUCCAAAUUUCCAAAUUUUUUUUCCCCCGUUUUUAUUUCUCUCGUUUUGUGUUUUUGUUUGCGUUUUUGGAGGUGCGGUGUGAGUGGGUGAAGGUGAUGAUGAUGAUCAGGAUCACAACCUCGGUUACCUCGUCAUUGGGAUGGAAGAGAGCGGGGAGCACCACUGUUUCCUCGUCGGAACAGACCUCAGCAUCGCCGUGGGUAUUUGAUGUUGAGGACUGUGUUGAAUCCAAGACAAGGUUGGCGCUGCCGGUUACUCCGCCAUCACCUCCGAAGUCGAUAAUCCUUCUUACAACACCCCAGUCCGCCGGGGUGUUGACGAAAGAGGAUCUUGGGUUUCUAUCGGAUAAUGGCGCAUGUGAUGUUUUUGCGGCAGCUGUUGAUUCACUGCCCGGCGCCCCGCCAUCUACCGACGGCGGCGCCACGGGUAGAACUCAGGGAUACAGCUGGCUGAUUACUUCCCAGUCAAUACGGAUAACAAUUCCGCCCACUGCUGCCGCAGGAACCACUCCCGCAAAGUCGUUAUCCUUCGGCCUACGGUCGAAGAAGUUUACCCUUCCACUGGCAAACACACUCUUCCACACAGGCUCUCGAACCACGAUCGUGCAUAUCCCUGCAAAAGUGAAUGAGAUUCCAGUGACCAUCGAAGCAGCGGAGGGCGUGUGCCCCAAAGAGGUCGAGGAAUUCGCCCACGCCCAGCAGGACAUUAAGGAAGCCUGGGAGGAAUUAGGAGAGUUGAUGAAGCUGGUUGGCCGGCGGUCCGGCAUCGUUCCUCCAGCCAAAGACCAAGAGAAGGAUUGUGUAGAUAUCGCCCUCCCACCAACUCACCUCCCCGCAGACACCGAGGUAGAUGCUCACCUCCCGCUGAAACAACUUACCUUUCCCCGAAGGAUCGAAGCGGGGAUGGGCAACAUCCUCAAGCAAACCUCAUCCGAAACCGGCACUCCCCAGGGCGCUAGUAGAGAGCUAGAGGAGGCUGUUCUGGACUAUAUCUCCUCCCCAUCUACUCCAUCUCUCUCCAGGAAACUCUCCAUAUUCGCAAGACUAACCCCGCAUUCCUCCGUUGCACACGAAAACCUAUUCACGGCCCCGGGUGCACGCAUACACCGUGUGUUAUCCGGUGGUGGGGGGUGGGGGAGCAAGGCCGGUUUGCUGUCCCUGGACCCGCAGUCGGAAACUCAGGUAGAGGUUUUUGCCAAGAAUUUCGAGUCCGGUGAGGGGAUUGUUAAGGUGGGGGAGUAUGUGCAGUUUUUUGUCGCUGAGCGGGGUUGUGGUGGUGGUGGUGCAUGGCGCGGUGUCGUUUUCGGGUGCGUGCCCAGGGUUGAGGAACUCGCUGAUGAGCUGGGCGGGAAGGAGGAGGAGGUCGUGAUAGACGGACUAUUCGGAGGGGCAUCGGAAGAAGGUGUCUGGAUCGGUGAUAGGAAAAUGGAUGUUCCGGGAGGUGUUGUAAGCGUCCCUGUCACGGAGUAGUCUAACUCUACUUAUCCAUCGAUCGACUCGCCCCCUCUGUAAGUCGAUAAACGGAUGAGUUGGUAACUAAAUAAACCCUGAACGCACAAGUAUGAUAAUACGGUAGCUUAUCCAUCCACCCUUGUGCUACAGUAAUUUGUUUCGUUUCAGUUCCCGGCAUUCGCACCUACCGGUGCUGCCAAAAUCCCGGAUCCCCGGUCAUCCCGUAAGCAUAUCCAAAACUCGCAAGGCUAGGGUGUGUGGCCCGAGUACAGGUAUCCCGUUUUACGGUACCACAAACUACCGGUACACCCAGUGGCAGACAACAUUCCUCAGGGUCAUGAAACGAAACCGAGUGAGACUCUGUGAGGCGGGUUUGUGUUUGGCGAUUUUGUAGGGCAGUGCGGCAGGACGGUACUCGUAUACUCGAGCGGUUAAGUCAGCUGGGGCGCUUUGGCGCGGGUGUGCACAAGUAUGUUUAUGCAGUUGGAGAGGGGGAAAGUGCGUGGUGCGCUUAUCCCUGACUAGAGGUAGUCGGCCGGAAUGGCGAGCGAGCAGAAUUUAUCCUGGCUUGUUCCGCUAGUAGGGGUUUCUGUGGUGCAACGCUUGGGGCAUUUAGCUUACUAGAUGUUUUGCGCAAAGAUGGCGGGCGAUUGGGGGAGGCGCUUCCAGAAGUGCGCGUAUAAUAUAUGAGUUUCGAAUUUAGUUUUUUUUUUAUUUUUUUUUUUAUUUUUUAUGAUAUCAUAUUUGCCUAUUG